UGGAACGAAACAAAACGAUCAGCCGAACACUCAAUCCUGCGACGCGUCAGCACUGUUUGAAAAUAGAUUUUCAAGAGGAAUAUUUAUUGAUAUGAUUUGCAAAAACAUUGGCUAAGAAUGAUUGAUAUUACUGCCAAACUAAUAAGAGAUCAAAGUGCCGUUUUUCUCUGCGGCGAAAUAGUGGAAUGUUUAAUAAUGUUCACAAACCCCAAGCUACCAGAACAUAAAAUUUCUCAAAGCCAUAGUGAUAUUCUAGAAAACUUGGCAUGGGCGACAGCACAAAUCCAUUGUUAUUGCAAUUCAACUUUACAAGAUCGGAGUGGAACUAUGGCAGACGCAUCCAGUUCAAUCAACAAAAAUGUUAGUGGUUCCACAUCGCUGAAUGCUAGUAAUCAAUUGAAAGGAGAGGUUUUGAAAUCUUCUGAACCAAAGAUUUUAUUUUGUGACUUACGACUAUCACCUGGUGAAUCGAGACAAUUUAUGUUUCGUGAAUCGCUUUCAUUGGAUACUCCUCCAACCUAUCGGGGUGUUAUGGUUAAAUACUACUAUAAAAUAACAAUAGCCACGCAACGUCUCGGUUCAGCGGUUCAAGCGUUAUACAUUCCGAUACGUGUCUUACCUUUGCCCCCAAUCAGUUGUAGCGAUGAAGCGAUCACUCUGAAUGAUGAAUCCAACGAAGAUUUGGCACCAAAUAAUCCGUUUCUGGAGAAAAAGAAAGCUCCAUCCAAGAUCGAAUAUGCUCUGCACUACUUACAGAACAUUACUGCAAGACGAAGGCCGAAUUUUUACUUGAUUUCGAACAAAAGGGGAAAAGUUGGUCGAUUUUGUUUGUUCAAGCCUAUUUACAAACUUGGAGAGGAUAUCGUAGGAACGUUGGAUUUUAGCUGUGGUACCGUAAAAUGUGUCCAACUUUCGGUUACGUUGCAAUGUGAAGAAGUUGUCAAAAAUAAGGACACAAAACCUGCGAAUGAAAUAAUCAGUUCUGCAAACCCAGACAAGGAAUCUAUGAAUGCUCCGCUGGGACGAAUUACAAACUUCACUAAACAUCAUGAGGUUUGCCUCGGAUUGCUUCAAACGCAGAUGAUUCUAUCCAUUCCACUGUACGUGACUCCCACGUUUGAAACCGAUUUAGUAGAUGUCAGGUGGAGAUUACAUUUCCAGUUUGUGACCAGCACGAACGAAGAAUUGAAUACAACUGUCAACAGUGACACAUUGGAAUGGCAGGCUCCCACAGAUAUUUCAAUUGAAACUAUGAUCUGGAACCUGCCGGUGACAAUCUACCCAACUGCGCCUGUACAAAUUCCACAGGCGAGUGGAACGUUUAUGUUGAACAUUAAAUAGAACGACACAAGUAACGAAACAG